AUGAACUUAACAGUUGUUUAUGGGUCCGUUCGUCAAGAACGGCAGGGAGAUCGUGUUGCGCGGUUGAUUGAAAGGUCUCUAAUACAAAAAGGACACAAGGUUCGCUUUAUAGAUCCAGUAGAAUGUGAUUUACCAUUACUGAAUAAGCGUUAUGUGGACUAUGAGGAUCAAGAUCGUCCAGAAAUCUUGGAACGCCUUGCAAAAAUGUUUCAAGAAUCCGAUGGUUUUGUCAUUGUCUCAGGCGAAGGCAUCAAAGGAGUGAUCAUGACACAAACACCAGAAAUUUUUGAGAAGCUUCAAAAACAAAUCAAUGAAAAUAAUGUGGUUUUGUAUAUGAAAGGCAGUAAAUCCAUGCCUAUGUGUGGAUUUUCUGGUUUGGUGGCUCAGGUUCUUGCACGCUUGGAUGUCGAAGAUUAUUUAGAUGUGGAUGUUUUGCGUGAUCCUGAAGUGCGCCAGGGAAUUAAAGACUUUACAAACUGGCCGACGAUUCCUCAAUUGUACGUUAAGGGGGAAUUUAUUGGAGGCGCAGAUAUCGUUCGUGAAAUGUAUGAGUCUGGAGAACUUGAACAGCUUCUGAGCGCUUAA